AUGCCCAGUUACAGCUUUUUAUCAUUCCGCAAAGGCGCUGCUUGGUCGUGUCACCGCGAUCUACUACCCGAAUGGAUUACAGUAUUUAUAGCAUUUGGCCUUUUUAUGGCUCUUGAAUUUAAAACUCCAUUUAUGCGCAUGUUUUCGCUUUCAGACCUUGAUAUUCAACAUCCAUUUGCAAAAACUGAGCGCGUGCCAGUAUGGGUUCUUGGUAUACUUGCAAUUGUAAUUCCUGUGUUAAGUUUCAUUGGAGGGUCGUUUUUGUCCUCUUUUAAGCGAUAUAAGUUUGUGCUCUUUCAUGUUUCUCUUCUAGCCUUUGCUAUUUCUGUUCUCAUGAAUGGGUUUGUGACCAACUUUCUCAAGGUUUAUAUUGGCCGCCCUCGUCCAGAUUUUCUUGCAAGAUGCCAGCCUGCUGAAGGCACAGACCAAGAAGGUCUUGUUGAUGUCAGUGUCUGCACAACUACAGAUAUGAGCAGUCUUAAAGACGGUUUCAAAAGUUUACCCUCAGGUCACGCAUCAAUUUCUUUCUCAGCUUUUUACUUUUUAUCGCUUUGGAUGGCUGGGCAGCUCAAUGUGUUUAGCCCUAAUGCACCUAACUCAACAAAUGGAACAUCACUUAAGGCCAUUGUCAGUUCCUAUCCUAUCCUGCUUGCAACAUAUGUUGCUAUCUCGCGCACAGAAGACUAUAGACACCGCGGGAGCGACAUUAUUGCUGGCUCGCUGCUUGGUGGUAUUAUUGCAUGGAUUUCCUACCGCCUUUUUUUCCCCGCUUUGGCCGCUCCAGACUGUGAAACGCCUUAUGUCCUGCGCCAGGUCUUAAUGGAGGAAAUUACGGACAAUGAUGACUAUCAAUCUUCAGGAGAAACGCCGCGCUUCCAAUCAACGCCGUACGUUCCUCCGCGCUUUGAAAACACAAGCACUCUCAGUAAUAGACUUGAUUCCUCGCGGUUACCACAAGGCUCAGAACCACCACUGCAAGAACGCGAGUUGACUGAUUUUGAUGUCACAAACAAUGUUUAA